UUAACCUCUCAACGACUCAGCUCCACCUUCAAGCACCACAUCCUCCACCAGUGCCAAACCACCACCACUAGAAUCAUGGGGAAUGAGAAAUGCGCCGAUCACCAUGACGAGCAACGGAUAAUAAUCCGGCGAUGUUUCAGUGGCCUUCUAAUCUUCACCGUCACCCUCCUAUUAAUAAUCUUCCUAGUUUGGGCCAUUCUCCAACCCAAAAAACCGCAUUUUACCCUCCAAGACGCCAUCAUAUUCGGCCUCAACGUCUCGUCCCCCAGCGUCAUCUCCACCAGCAUUCAAGUCACCAUCAACUCUCGAAACCCUAAUUCCAGAAUCGGCAUUUACUACGAGAAAAUGCACGUCUACGCCACCUACCACAACCUGCAAAUCACCUACUACACUGCCAUUCCAUCGGUAUACCAAGGACACAAGGACUUCAACGUCUGGUCGCCGUUCAUUUAUGGAAAUAGUGUACCCGUGGCACCAUACAAUGGCGUUGCCCUCAGCCUGGACAAAUCCAACGGAGCCAUUGAGCUGAUCAUCAAGAUCAAUGGACGUGUUAAAUGGAGAGUUGGGUCCUUCAUCUCCGACCAGUACCAUCUCCACGUCACCUGUCCGGCGUAUAUACCCUUCGGAAAUAGCCGGAAUAGAGGGAUUGUCCUCGGAAAUGCAAUCAAGUAUCAGCUGUCACAGAGCUGUAGUGUCAAUGUGUGAUCAAGAAAAUGGCUCAUUUUUCUUCCUAUAAUAAUUAACGCAUUUAUGUUAUAAUUUAUAUGCUUCUUUUUUUUUUUUAAGGCUUUUAAUUAAUGUUCUAUGGAUCAUAUAAUUGUAAAAUUUGCUGAAGAAUAAGAAAGCAAAAUUAUAAUUCUGUAGUCA